GGGUCUUGGUGGGUUUCUCUGCUGCUGCGUGAGGUGACGGGUUCAGGACAGAGGACUAAGCACAUGGACUGGAAGUUAGAAGGGAGCGCUCAGAAAACAGAGUCACACGUGCUGCAGGAGCAAGAAGUCACCCUAGAGGACACAGGUGAAGAUGGCAUCUCUGAAAGCUUCCAGCUUCUACAGAUUGACAUGGAAUGUGAGCAUCGAGAGGAGAUGACCCUGCCUACAAGCAAUGCAGUGUGGCGCUCGAAAAAUGUCCAAAGAAAACAGAGACACUGGGAAAAGAUAGUUGCAGCAAAGAAGAGUAAAAGAAGACAAGAGAAAGAAAGAAGAAAAGCCAAUCGUGUAGAAAAUUCAGGCAUCUACCCCCAGCACAGCAAACGUUUUCUGAGAUCCUUAACCAAGGAAAGACUUUUGGAAGCCAAACACUCAGGACCAAGACUCUGCAUCGAUUUGAGUAUGACCCACCACAUGUCUAAGAAGGAAUUAAGUAGACUGGCUGGACAGAUCCGAAGGUUGUAUGGCUCAAAUAAAAAAGCUGACAGGCCAUUUUGGAUCUGCCUCACUGGAUUCACCACAGACAGUCCCCUGUAUGAAGAGUGUUUGAGGAUGAAUGAUGGAUUUUCUAGUUAUCUGCUAGACAUAGCAGAAGAAGACUGCUUUAGUUUAUUUCCUCUGGAAACCCUUGUGUACCUGACUCCUGACUCAGAACAUGCUCUUGAAGAUGUUGAUCUAAACAAAGUUUACAUCCUUGGUGGACUUGUGGAUGAAAGCAUUCAGAAGAAGGUGACAUUUCAAAAGGCCCAAGAACACUCUGUCAAGACUGCUCGCUUACCAAUCCAGGAAUACAUGGUCAGACGCCAGAAUGGGAAGAACUAUCAUUCAGAGAUACUGGCCAUCAAUCAAGUGUUUGAUAUCCUGUCCACUUACUUUGAGACUCAAAACUGGCCUGAAGCAUUGAAGAAAGGGGUUUCUUCCAGAAAAGGCUAUACUCUUCAGAACUCAGUGGAAUGAUGGACAGCCUAAGAUUGCAGCUGCCGGAGGUGAAGUUGCUGGAGUUGCCUUGACCAAAGAACAGAUCAGAGGAUGGUGGUGGUACUCAUUUGCCUUUACUUGACAUCUUGGCUCUUCACUGGGAUAGGAGUUACUAACAGGGACCAUAUUUUAUGCUCUUUUGUAUCUCCCAUAGUGCCUGGCUCACAGGAAGUGCCCAGAUAUAUGUUGACUAACUAAAAGUUUACAUAAUGAAUUAGCCCUAAAACUACAUGGCUUUGGAUGUGUUAAUUCAUCUUCUGUACAUCUAUUUGUGAAAUACCUACUCUUUAGAGAUAGCUUAAAUAAUCAAGUAA